AAGGGCUGGUAGCGCCACUGCCUCCAGUACUCCUGCCGCUACCUCCUGGUGCGCACGCUCUGCCGGCUGGAGUCACUCUUGCUGAGUCGGAGCAGGCGUGCGAAGGAGGCCGCCGGCGUGGGGCUGUCUGCGGUGACCGAGAGAGCUAGCGAGCGAGCUAACAGGCGAGCGGCGCCAUGAGCGGUUACGGCAUCGAGGAGCACGGGGCCCCCUACAGCUUCGAGUAUCGGCUUUUCUUCAAAAAUGCAAAUGGAGAUUAUAUAUCACCGUUUCAUGAUAUUCCAAUUUUAGCAGACAAGGACAUUUUCCAUAUGGUUGUAGAAGUACCUCGCUGGACGAAUGCAAAGAUGGAGAUUGCAACGAAGGAUCCUUUAAACCCGAUUAAGCAAGAUGUCAAAAAAGGAAAACUGCGCUAUGUCGCCAACAUGUUCCCUCACAAAGGUUAUAUCUGGAACUACGGGGCCAUCCCUCAGACUUGGGAAGACCCUGGGCACAAAGACCAACACACCGGCUGCUGUGGAGACAAUGACCCCAUUGAUGUCUGCGAGAUCGGAAGCAGGAUCUGCUCGCGAGGAGAAGUGAUCAGAGUGAAAGUUCUGGGCAUCCUAGCGAUGAUCGACGAAGGAGAGACCGACUGGAAGGUCAUAGUCAUCAACGUGGGGGAUCCCGACGCUGCCAGCUACAACAAUAUCGAGGACGUCAGAAGGCUGAAACCUGGUUAUCUGGAAGCCACCGUGGAGUGGUUUAGAAGGUACAAAGUGCCUGAUGGGAAGCCAGAAAACCAGUUUGCUUUCAACGCAGAAUUAAAAGAUAAGGACUUUGCCAUUGACAUCAUUCAGAGCACGCACGCCCACUGGAAGGCCUUAGUGGCCAAGAAGGCCGAUGGAGGCUCCAUCAACUGCAUGAACACGACCGUGGAGGACAGUCCCUUCAGGUGCAGCACGGAGUCUGCCAAUGAGAUCGUCAAUUCUAUGCCUCCUCCUUGUGGUGGUGACUGUGAGGUCCCCGAAGACCUGGACAACUGGUUCUACUACCAGGGCCAGUAGAGGCGCAGAGAGCAGCAGCACGGCCCGGCCCGAUCCAGGACAUGCAGACCCAGCGAGGCCCCGAGGGCGCCCGCUGUGUGCUGGCCAAUAAAGGCGUUUGGCCCAAGC